AUGCAGCCUCCUAAAUAUGGGUACUAUCCUGGCGAUGCACCUACGUCAGAAGCCAAUUUGAAGAAUAGGCCAGCUGAAGCUGCCAAAGUUAGCAUAAAUGACAUCAAGAGAAUCACUGAAAAGCUCUCUGGAACCAGUCAACGCAGGAGAAGACUACAGGCUCGUACUCUGAGAAGUGAAGCAGAGGAACUUGAUCGUCUUCGUCUAGAUGAGGAAUUCAGGAAGGACGCUCAAGCUCGUCGUACUGCUGUCAUCGAGCGAGCUCGACGAAUGCAAGAGGGAGAGCGUGAUGCUGUUAAACAACUGCACAGCCGAUUGCUGUUGUACAAUGUCCUCCAGGUUCGAGAUACUCAAUUGGUGUUGAAGAAGGAACGACUUGGCCGCGAGACCCUAAUGGAUGACAAGUACAAGACUAUUGCAUCUGCUCGAAAUGCUGAAGCUGAAGUCAAAGAAAAGAUAUCAGCUGAAAAUGCGCGUUCUAAAAAGUAUGCUCUGGCUGAAGAGCAACGUCGACAACAUCAAGAAAAGAUUGAAAAGGAAGCAGUCGAAGCUGAUGCUCUUAUGGAACAAGGAUUGGCUAUACGUCGAGCAGCUGACGAGUAUCGAGCAGAACAGCAAAAGCUUGAAACAGAACACCAAAAGAAACGAAUCGUCAUUCACCAAGAACUGUCGCAAAUGAAGAGUGAAAACAAUGCUCGACAAGAAAAGGCCAAGUUGAAGGAAGCAGAUCAACAACACCGUAACGAAGCAUGGGUUGCUCGAAAGGAACGACAAACUGCCAUGAAGAAGGACUUUGAGCAGAAAUGGUUCAAUGAGGCCCUACGAGCUCGAGAACUGAUGGGAGAACGUCAAGCCAAGGAUGCAGGAGAUGUUGAAGCCAAGCUGAAUGAGCAAAUUGCUAGAGCUGUUGCAUUAAAGGAUGAGAUUGCUCGUCGUGAUCAGGCAAAACGAGAAGAGAUCAAGAAGAAGCAAGGAGAAGAAGUCAAGAAGUACUACUAUGAUUUCAAAACACGACGUGCCCAAGAACGCCAAACGACCAAAGAAGAGGAUGCGGCCACUCUCCAACUCUUCUUACGACAACGUGACGAGUACUUGGAAUCUGAACGACAAAAGAAGGCACAUGCGUUAGAAAAGGGCCGUGAAUUCCAAAAGAUACAUCAAGCUCAAAUGGAGGAAUCACGACGUGUUGUCACGAAUGCUAAAAUGGAGCGUAAGAACGACAGCUCUGCCCGAGAUGUUCAAGAAAGGGAAGCAUCAGAGCUACAAUCUUACAUGAAAGGAAUUGCUUCGGAGCCAUGGGCCGUAAACAAUCAUCGCAUUCAAGAAUACCUCCAGAAAACACUUGCUCAGAAAUCACAUUCCUAG